GCUCCGCCCACUACGGGAUGCGACGAGGUCUCUUCACGGAACUCGUUUGCGAGUUUCUUCCGCCACGCCCUACUAAUCCCUGGACACAGUGUAGGUAAAGCCAACCUCUGUAUGGAAAGUACGUUAUAUCCUUAUGAAAGCACAGGGAACUGAGGGAGAGCAAUAUGAAGGAAGGCAUGGUGACAAAGGUGUUAUCUGCUUCGAUCAAUGCUGGAAUACCCAGACUGGAAUCAUUCACAUAGGAUAGCUGACAGGAUGGCAGCUCUGUUUCUAAAGAGGUUAACAUUACAAACCAAAAAGACUGAAAGUGGUUGUGUUAGAAGUUGUUUUGGCAAAUACAUGGCACAACAGACAGCACUGGCACAGUUGCCCCUCCUCGCUUCUACUCCAAGAGUGUGCUGUGUAGUUUACGCACAAGCUUUUAGCACUGCCAAAGACCCCCACAGUGAAAGAACAAAGAAGAAGAAGAAGAAGGAAAAGACAGAUUUUGGUAGCAUUGGGAGAAAAAUUCAUGAUCGAGUUAUUCAUGUGGUUGAUGAGCAGGGCAAUGACUUGGGAAACAUGCACCGAGCAAAUGUGAUUCAACUCCUGGAUGAACGAGGCCUGAGAUUGGUUCCAAGAAACACCAGCACGGAGCCUCCGAAGUAUCAGCUCAUGACAGGACUGCAGAUUCACCAAGAACGAUUACAACUUCGGGAAAUGGAAAAGGCUAAGCGUACAACUUGUCAAACUCUAACAAAGGAGCUAACAUUUUCCUCAAGUAUUGGACAACAUGAUUUGUGCACAAAGAGUAAGCAGAUUCAACAGUGGCUUGAGAAAAAAUACAAAGUUCAAAUUACUGUAAAGGAAGGGAGGAAUAAAGAAGAGCCAGCAAAUAAAAUGGAGGAGAUAUUUGAUCAGCUACUCCAGAUGAUGCCUGGAAUAGCGACCUUCUUAUCUAGGCCACAACCCACUAAAGGAGGAAAAGCUCUAAUGUGUGUUCUCCGUUGUUUGACCCAAAAGGAAGAGAAAGCAUAUAGAGAAACUCAGAUGUCCCAGAAUGAAGACACUUUGAACAAAGAACAUGGAAAAGACAGAGACUCAGAUACAUUACAUCAGUGAUUUUAAUAAAGGAAAAUGUGCUCUCAGCAAAAGCAA